CAGGAUGAAGAUCAGCUACAGCUCACAGUUCCUGCUCCUCUUCAUCAUCCCAGUUUGUCUCUCAGCUCACGGUCGCUUCGCCCAGAAGCUCCUGACUGACCUGUUCUCCAACUACACCAACGCCCUGCGGCCAGUGGAGGACACCGACAACAUCAUGAACGUCACACUGCAGAUCACYCUGUCCCAGAUCAUCGACAUGGAUGAGAGGAACCAGAUCUUGACCACCUACCUGUGGAUCCGCCAGGUGUGGAUGGACGCCUACCUUACAUGGAAGGAGGAGGACUACGAUGGUCUGGACACCAUCCGGAUACCCAGCAGCUACGUCUGGAGGCCUGAUAUCGUCCUGUACAACAGCGCAGACGAUGAGUUCUCCAGCUCCAUGGAGACCAACGUGGUCCUCCGCAAUGAUGGACAGGUGACGUGGGACCAGCCGGCCAUCACUAAAAGCUCCUGCUCCGUGGAUGUGGCAUUCUUCCCCUUCGACGUGCAGCAGUGCCACCUGACCUUCGGCUCCUGGACUCACAAUGGAAACCAGAUGGACCUGAUCAACGCCUUGGACAGUGCAGACCUCACMGACUUUGUCCCCAACGUGGAGUGGGAGGUUCUGGGCAUGCCGGCCAAGAAGAACGUAAUCCUGUAUGGCUGCUGCUCCGACCCAUAUCCGGACAUCACCUUCACGCUCCACCUGAAGAGACGGGCCUCUUUCUACAUCUUCAACCUCCUCAUCCCCUGCAUGAUGAUCUCCAUCCUGGCUCCUCUGGGCUUCUACCUGCCGGCCGACUCUGGGGAGAAGAUCUCUCUGGGUGUGACGGUGCUGCUGGCCCUAACCGUGUUCCAGCUGCUGGUGGCUGAGAGCAUGCCGCCGUCCGAGAGCGUCCCUCUGAUUGGAAAAUACUACAUUGCCACCAUGAUGAUGGUGACAGCGUCCACGGCCCUCACCAUCUUCAUCAUGAACAUACACCACUGUGGACCCGAGGCCCAACCYGUCCCACAGUGGGCUGAGCGCUUUGUCCUGAACUACCUUUCCAAGAUCUGCUUCGUCAGUGAGGUCGGAGAGAACUGCUUCAGAGGGUCUUCAUCCAAGAAACAACCUCUAUCCCAGGAUGAGUCUGAUGUCCCCUCAUCUGGAGACAACAGAGGAACAAACUGGGAGGUAAAUGGACAGGCGUGGGGAGGGACGGGUGAAGAACAGGGUCAGGAGGAGUCUGUGAGGAGGGAGAAGGGUCUGACCAAGCAGAACCUCUGGAAAGAAGAUCUGUUUGUGACCGUUGACCAUUCUGAGAAGGACUCUGCGGGCGGAGUCCGCAACGGAGACGAUGAGUCCAACCGUGAUGGAGGGGGGGAGUGUUUGACAGAGAAGAAAGAUGUAAGAGGCGGAGUCACGGAGAACCGGAGUGAGAUCUUGGUGAGAACCCAGUGCGUGUGCCAGGACCAGAGACUGUGUAAGAACAUCGAGUUCAUCGCCGGCUCAUACCAGGACCAGCGAGCGGCGCAGCUACGCACCGCCGAGUGGAGGAAGGUGGCCAAGGUGAUGGACCGCUUCUUCAUGUGGCUCUUCUUCAUCAUGUUCUUCUUCAUGAGCGUGCUCAUCCUGGGAAAGGCCAUCUGAUGGAGCCAUGAACCAGACCGUGUGGACGAUGUGGACGCAUCCAGCAUCUCUUCACAGAACCCACCGAGUUAAAUUUCAAACGACGACCAGUCAGWGCUCAGAAAAUUCAUUAGGAAUGACUCUCAGAUACUACCACACCGAGGUUAUCGCAGUGUCAGUAAACUUUUCGGCCAUCUUUGUGUUUUMUAAAGUUUAUUAGCUGUGGCUGCCAGCUUGAAGUUGAGCUGGGUGUUUACCUGCUUCCAUCUUUAUCCUGUUAUAAGAAAUGACCAAAUAUGGUCAACAGGAUCAAGACUGGUUUGACUCAAGGCUCCMACCCAUAUCUUUUAAAUAUUAUAAACAAUCUUUAUUGUUAAAGUAUUUUUAGUUUUAAAUCAAAUGAACCACAGAACUAAACAGCUGUUUGGUUAGUUGGUUAGUAAACAGGUGGUGCCUCCUGCUGGUCGUUAGUCAAACUGCAGCUUUCAGGUCUUUUCGGUUUUUAGUUCAUCCUUCAUUUCUGCAUGGUYUGAAAACAGGAAGUUUGUUCUUCUUAUACCAGGAAUUUAAAUUCCGAUGAUUUUAAAGCUUCACUGUUUCUGUUUUAUUUCUGAAUGUGACACAGAAGUUGGAAGGUUUUGUUUUUUAUUAUAUUAUAAAUCAGAAGAUUUGUUUGUUUGUUUUUUAUCACAGCUGAUCUGAUAAUAUUUCUGCACCACAUCACUUAAUAAACAUUAUAUUUUCACAUUA